GCGCAGAAGCUGGAGCUCCGCUGGACCCAAAGUGGGUGAGAGGAGAACUUCAUACUGUAUGUGGUUGGUACUGAAAACUGGUUAAAGAAAAAAAACAUAUAUAUAUAUUAACAAAAGGAAGGUAGCAACUUCAGUGCUUAUCAUCAUUGCCUGUUCAAUAAUCUCAAGACUUUUUAUACUUUUUUAUAAGCAAGAUAAUAUAUUGAUUGUAUGUCUACCUGACGAAAGAUAACGUUGAAAAUUUCGAGGCAUUCCAAUUAAAAUUGAGCACAACGUAUAUUGUAACGAAAGUAUUAAAAAUAUUACUUAAACGUAAGCAAAAAGAUCUGAAAAAAACCUGAACGAAACAUCAUACGAUGCAUGUGGAAAUUCAAGUUGCUCUCAAUUUUUUUAUUUCUUUCCUUUACAACAAACUGCCACGAAGGAGGGUUAACCAGUUCGGAGAAGAAUUAGAAAAGGCUCUGAAGCUCAAAUUUCAGGGACAUUGGUAUCCAGAGAAGCCAUAUAAAGGUUCUGGGUUUCGGUGUUUGAAAACCACUCCACCUUUAGAUCCUGUAUUCGAAAUCGCUGCCAGGGAUAGUGGGAUGGAUCUCGUAGACAUCCAAGAAAACUUACCGCAAGAACUCAGCAUCUGGAUAGAUCCCGGUGAAGUUUCGUAUAGAAUGGGUGAAAAGGGUCAAGUAAAAAUUCUCUACAGUGAGAUGGAAGGAGUGGAAGGCGAAAGUAAUGAUCGGGAAAUCACAAAGACAUUUAACCCAGAAGCACAAUGUUUCAAACCAGUCGACAGCAUGGCUUGUCAGCUGGGUAACUUGAAUUUGACAACCACAACAACCGCUCCUACUCCCUACAACAGUUCCCCUUCGCCCACUUACAAGUCCGGAAGUCCCGUCAAUACUUUUAUCCCCAAAUCUUCAGCACCUUUGACCUUCACAACAGCUACCUUUGCGCAAACGAAAUUUGGAUCAACCAAGUUGAAGACAAAUACGAAACGAUGCCACAGGCUUUCCCCCACUGAAUUCAAUUACAUCAAACAACGGGCCAUCGUACAACAGCAAAAUCAACAGCAACAACAGGGCCAUCCUUCCACAGCAGCCGCCAUGUUCGCAGCAGCGGCAGUAGCCGCUACGAAUCCUCAACGACCACGAUCGCUAUCUCCUAAUCCUCAACCGCCGCUCGAUCCCAGCUUCUUGCUUUUGGCCACAGGACGACAACAACAACAACAGCAACAACAGCAGCAACAAGGAAAUCAGGGCCAUUUCUCCCCGCCGACCAGUCGAUCUUUCGGAAACAACGGUGUUUUCGACAGUGGCUAUUUGGCCGAUUUCUUCACGUCAAGUGGCAAUAACGGUGCCAAAAGCCAACAGGGUCAGAGAUCAAACGCCGCCGCUACAAACAACAGACUUUCGUUAUUCUUCGACAAACAAUUUGCUACUGGUAACGCUACCAACACCGCUAACGGGUUGAGCAUCGGAGAUACAGCAGCUCGGGUAUUCGGCGUCGACGGUGUCAACUUCAAUCUGAACGUUGUGUCGUAUCCCAAUCAGUAUCAACACCUGUUAAUGGCCAGAACGAAACAUCAUACGAUGCAUGUGGAAAUUCAAGUUGCUCUCAAUUUUUUUAUUUCUUUCCUUUACAACAAACUGCCACGAAGGAGGGUUAACCAGUUCGGAGAAGAAUUAGAAAAGGCUCUGAAGCUCAAAUUUCAGGGACAUUGGUAUCCAGAGAAGCCAUAUAAAGGUUCUGGGUUUCGGUGUUUGAAAACCACUCCACCUUUAGAUCCUGUAUUCGAAAUCGCUGCCAGGGAUAGUGGGAUGGAUCUCGUAGACAUCCAAGAAAACUUACCGCAAGAACUCAGCAUCUGGAUAGAUCCCGGUGAAGUUUCGUAUAGAAUGGGUGAAAAGGGUCAAGUAAAAAUUCUCUACAGUGAGAUGGAAGGAGUGGAAGGCGAAAGUAAUGAUCGGGAAAUCACAAAGACAUUUAACCCAGAAGCACAAUGUUUCAAACCAGUCGACAGCAUGGCUUGUCAGCUAGGUAACUUGAAUUUGACAACCACAACAACCGCUCCUACUCCCUACAACAGUUCCCCUUCGCCCACUUACAAGUCCGGAAGUCCCGUCAAUACUUUUAUCCCCAAAUCUUCAGCACCUUUGACCUUCACAACAGCUACCUUUGCGCAAACGAAAUUUGGAUCAACCAAGUUGAAGACAAAUACGAAACGAUGCCACAGGCUUUCCCCCACUGAAUUCAAUUACAUCAAACAACGGGCCAUCGUACAACAGCAAAAUCAACAGCAACAACAGGGCCAUCCUUCCACAGCAGCCGCCAUGUUCGCAGCAGCGGCAGUAGCCGCUACGAAUCCUCAACGACCACGAUCGCUAUCUCCUAAUCCUCAACCGCCGCUCGAUCCCAGCUUCUUGCUUUUGGCCACAGGACGACAACAACAACAACAGCAACAACAGCAGCAACAAGGAAAUCAGGGCCAUUUCUCCCCGCCGACCAGUCGAUCUUUCGGAAACAACGGUGUUUUCGACAGUGGCUAUUUGGCCGAUUUCUUCACGUCAAGUGGCAAUAACGGUGCCAAAAGCCAACAGGGUCAGAGAUCAAACGCCGCCGCUACAAACAACAGACUUUCGUUAUUCUUCGACAAACAAUUUGCUACUGGUAACGCUACCAACACCGCUAACGGGUUGAGCAUCGGAGAUACAGCAGCUCGGGUAUUCGGCGUCGACGGUGUCAACUUCAAUCUGAACGUUGUGUCGUAUCCCAAUCAGUAUCAACACCUGUUAAUGGCCAACUAAAAAAAAAUUAAAUUUAAAAAAAAGCGGAUGCCAAC